AUGUUCCUAGGCGUGCCUUUUACGCUGCUCCUCUACAUAGGACUUCUCCCCUCUGUUAUUGCAGAUAUCACUUGCAGCGCAAUAGUACCAUGUGCUAUCGGUUGCUGUGGUGAAUAUGGAGUCUGUGGUAUGGGGCCCGAUUACUGUGGUGCCGAUGUGUGUAUCAACAACUGUGACGCCAAAGCCGAGUGCAACCCAGGAGGCUGGGCCUCAGAAUAUGUGAAUGCAACUAUUUGUCCCCUCGAUGUCUGCUGUAGCCAGUAUGGUUUCUGUGGCAGGACUGAGGAAUUCUGUGGAAACAAAGCUGUCACAGCCCCUUCCUGCGAUGGCAUGGCACCAUACUCUGUUCCCCAGGGAGUCUACUCCCAUAUCUACUUUGCUUUCGGCAGUAUCGAUCCAGAUACCUUUAAAGUUAUCCCUGCUGAAACUACUACCUUCUCUGAUCUUGCUGCUGCGGAUACCAGUACACAAACUACCUUUUUUAAGUCUUUGAUCAACUUCAUAAGCACCUAUGGUUUCACAGGAGUGGAUAUUGACUGGGAGUAUCCCGUUGCCAGUGACCGUAACAGUCGCGCGGAAGACUUUAAGAACUAUCCUACCUUCCUGGCUAGCUUGAAGAAGGCUUUGUCUGAUUACAAAUACAGUCUAUCCAUCACAUUGCCAACUAGCUACUGGUAUUUGCAAAACUUUGAUCUCACUGCUAUUGAGCCUUCGGUGGAUUGGUUUAACGUUAUGAGCUAUAACCUAUAUGAGCCAGGCUGUCAAUAUCUCUCCGCCGGUACCAUGGGCAACUGUAGCCAAUCUGUAGGAAUCUUGUUUAACAGCAAGAUUGAGGCUUUGAUCAGCGACCAGAACCUCACCUCUACUCUAUACAAAGAUGCUGCGGUAAAGACAGUUACCUGGGAUGGCGAUCAGUGGGUCUCUUACGACGACGAGGAGACUUGGAAGCUGAAGGCUGAUUAUGCUAAAUUUGUCUGCAUUAGGGGCGUGAUGGUAUGGUCAAUCGAUAAGGAUGACGAUAUGCAUAGCUACUCUAAUGGACUUGCCGCUACGCUUAGGAACACGGUCAAUCUCAAUAGCUCUGAUACAGCGUCUACAGGUCUGGUCGUUGACACAGUCGAAACGACCACCGAAUACAGGCAAGACAAUUACUGUCGUUUCAUUAAUUGUGGCGAAACCUGCCCGAGUGGUUUCUCGGAGAUAACCCGGGAAGAUAACAAGAAGCAGCUUAUGCUGGACUCAGCCGAGUGUGUGACAGGAAGCAAACAGACGCAGACGCUGUGCUGUCCGACGUUGAGCACACUGCCUACCUGCCAAUGGCGUGGCUUUAAUGGUGGAAAGUGUAAGGGAGGCUGUGACAGUGGUGAGGCUGAAGUCGGUACGAACACUGCCGGCUGUCGUUCAGGGUAUCAGUCGGCAUGUUGCACUAUCGUCGAUUCUAUAGAGCCUUGGUCGGAGUGUGCGUGGAUCUCCGCUUGUGAGUCUGAUGAUACAUGUCCUUCUGGCUACGAUAAAUUUGUCGUUGGCUCACGCCAAGGCUGGGGUGGACGGAAGAAGUGCAGCGGUUCUAAGAACUACAACUAUUGCUGCAAAACCUCGAUCCCUGAUGCCUUCACUAACUGUGCCUGGACUGGUCGUGAAUUGCAAGGUACCAGCUCUAUUUAUUGCAGCGACGCUUGUCCAUCCGGCGCCAUUCGCAUCGUGGAGGAAUCUUUCUCGAUCUCAACCACUUCUGUGCCUCUUACGAACCCGGAUGCGAAGACGGCUGGCUGUGUGUAUGGCAAUGAGGCUUAUUGUUGCAACGGUACGGCCAAAGUCGUGAAUACACAAAGUUCAAGCGAUGAGCUUACUGGAAUCGUAUAUAAGUUCGACUUUUAUUUGAAGAAAUGGCUUGCAAAUCCCACCUGUUCAGCCUCAGAUAAUGAAUACGUUGCCACUUUUGGCAGGCGAGAUCUGUACGAGCGAGCAUCAUUGUCUACCUCGAAGAGUACUAAUGACCAAUAUUUGCUAUUUACUAUGCUCGUGGGAUAUGUCGUUACUUGGCUUACCUCCUCAUCUCCGGAUCCAGCAUUGACAAAGAUCUGGACCGAUGACAUGUCUGCUGCUGGUUAUGCAGCUGAGGCGGCCAAUCUUACAAUUAUGAGAGACUUAACGUACGGAUAUGGAGACCCCUGGACUGGCACACCGGUCUAUCCAGCCAACACGAUGGUUUCACAGAUGCUAUGCGAUAUUGCUGAGUCUCAAGCUGGCAUAGAAAGUCUGGCUGUUGCAAACGAUAUUCUAUAUGAAUUGCCCUUAUCUUCAUCUAUAAGCAAGCGUAUGCUAGAUGGCAUUAGCGAUAAUGCACGAUCUGCCAAUAGGCUUCGACCCACAAUCCUCACCGUUUUGAAUGGGAUCAAUAGUGGAGAUCUAACCUUCCACUACGGACGUUGGGUCUCGACAGAUACUUUGCGAGAUGGUGUCCCGGAAGUCAUUCUUGAACUGGCAUUUUGGAUCGGGCCGACCCCUGGCGUGGCACCAACUCCAGAGAAUCUCUCUACAUAUGGUGAUUCAGAAGAUACCAUCCAGACCGACCGUUGGGUCGCCAUCCACAUCCAUAUUCCACGCGACGGUAAUACUUUCCAAAGUAACACAACUGAGGCUAGAGGUGUUUUCCCAAGAAUUUCAGCGAUAGGAGUGGGAAAUGCCAAUUCAGGGAGCAUACAGAACUAUAAUGCGCGAGCUCAAGCACUGAGUUGCGUACCCGGUAGACGUUGGGCAAUUGGUAUCGACUCCACGGCAGAUCUCCAAUAUGCAAAGAACCACCAACUCCCAGUCGUGUAUGCCCAAGCGCUCAAUGAUUUUGGUAUUUGGCUUGCUAGAGAAGGAAUCCUCUUAAACUCCAGAUUAGGACUCAUUUGGCAUCAAGUUGGCGGGAUGGUGCCCGAGGAUGGACCUGGGUGGAAUGUGAUACCUCCCAGGGGUAAUACCGGCUACAGUCCCACUAGCAACACAUUUACUGUGAACUGGGACAGUGCGGGUAACACUGUAAAUAUCCGAGGCUCGACAUCGUCUUAUACAUAA